CAUUGCACAUGGGUUGCAGUCACGCGAGAGUUGCUCUGAAGAAACAUGUCGACCCUCAAGCGAAAACGUGGAGGACGGUUAGCCGGUGGAAAAAAAGCAAAGAAAGUGAAAACUCUCGCAGAUGCAGGCGAACCUGCCACAGACAACCAACAGGAGAAGAAAGAUGAAUACACCAUUCCACCGCCAGUUUCUAUGGGCAAAUGGACCAACAAGGAAAGGGUUCUCAUAUUCUCCUCGAGAGGCACUGACUUCAGAACGAGACAUUUGAUGCAAGACCUGCGGAACAUAAUGCCACAUUCGAAAUCAGAUACCAAAAUGGACAGAAAGGACAAGCUAUUUGUUAUUAACGAGGUGUGUGAGAUGAAAAACUGCAACAAAUGCCUCUUUUUUGAAGCCAAGAAGAAACAGGAUCUGUAUAUGUGGAUAUCAAAUAGCCCUCAUGGACCAUCUGCAAAAUUUCUAGUUCAGAAUAUUCAUACACUGGCUGAGCUCAAGAUGACAGGGAACUGCCUGAAAGGAUCGAGGCCGCUCUUGUCGUUCGAUCCUACAUUCGACAAGCAGCCCCACUAUGCUUUGCUGAAAGAACUAUUCAUUCAGACGUUUUCCACGCCGCGUUACCACCCAAAGAGUCAACCCUUUGUGGACCAUGUCUUCACCUUCACGGUUGUAGACAACAGGAUUUGGUUCAGGAACUACCAAAUCAUCGAGGAGGAUGCAGCGCUUGUGGAAAUUGGACCUCGCUUCGUCCUCAACCUCAUCAAGAUGUUCCAAGGGAGCUUUGGGGGGCCCACCCUCUAUGAAAAUGCACACUUCAAGUCACCUAAUAUGCACCGGCGUGAGCUGCGUGUGGCAGCGGCGGCCCGUGUGCGUGAGAGGCAGAUGGUGAAGGAGUUGCAGAGGGUGAAGAAAGCCCAACUCAAGCCGGAGAUUUCCAGUGAUGUGACGGAGGGAGUCUUCGAUACACCGGCGCCGGAGAAACCCGUGACCAUUGAAACGGAGCCACCAGAGCCGAAAGAGAAGAAGAAGAAGAAGAAGAAAGGCAAAUUGUUCAAAAGGAACAGGAUGCAGAUGGGGCGCAGGUAACGAGAUGGACUGAUCGAUGAAAAGGAAGGAGUAGGAAAUACAUGUAUUCAUUGAAAUUGUGUGUUUGUUUGUUUUUUUGGUGAAUGCACCAUAUUAAAGUUGCCACCUGUCAAGUUUGGAAGUGACAGACAAAAA